GUGGUGCUUUACCAUCAAACGUAAGACUUGAGAAAGAACUCUCGAUUUCCUUCUUCCAGCAUCUGCCAAUCUGAAAGGCAAGGGUUAACGGCUAGGAGCUUCUGAAUAAGUUUUGGAUUCAUUAAGUUGAAUUGCUAGCUUGACAGAGAAAUGGGCAGCAACUCCGAUUUGGUUAAUGGUGUUGAAGAGUGCUUAAAUAAAAUGGAAGUAAAGGACCCAAGUAUUUCAACUAUGGUAGUACAUUUUGAGAACGAGUUUGAUCCUUACAACGCAACAAGUACACCACUUUACCAAACGGCUACCUUUAAGCAGCCUUGUGCAAUGGGAAAUGGCCCUUAUGAUUAUACAAGAAGGGAAAAUCCUACGCGGGAUACUCUAGAACACCUCCUAGCCAAGCUUGAUAAAGCAGAUAGAGCAUUUUGCUUCACUAGUGGAACAGCUGCUUUGGUUGCUGUUUCUCAUCUUGUUGGACCUGGUCUGGAAAUUGUUGCCGGAAAUGACCUGUAUGGAGGUUCUUAUCAGUUGCUGACAAAAGUAUUUCCAGAAAGAGGAAUAGUGGUGACGAAAGUGAAUACAAGUGAUUUGGAAGAAGUUGCGUCUGCCAUCCGAUCCCAGACAAAGCUUGUGUGGCUGGAGAGUCCAACCAACCCUCUACAGAAAAUAUCUGAUAUUAGGAAAAUAGCAGAGAUGGCUCAUGCACAUGGUGCUCUUCUGUUGGUGGAUAAUAGUAUAAUGUCCCCUGUAUUGUCACAACCGUUGACACUUGGAGCAGACAUUGUUAUGCACUCAGCUACAAAAUUUAUUGCUGGACAUAGUGAUGUCCUGGCGGGCGUGCUUGCUGUAAGAGGGGAAAGCUUGGCAAAAGAUUUGUAUUUCCUACAAAAUGCAGAAGGCUCUGGUUUAGCUCCAUUUGACUGUUGGAUCUGUUUACGAGGAAUAAAGACAAUGGCCUUACGAGUUGAGAAGCAGCAGGAGAAUGCCCGGAAGAUUGCUGAGUUUCUUGUGUCCCAUCCACGAGUGAAGAAAGUUAACUAUGCUGGUCUUCCUGAUCAUCCUGGCCAUGACUUACAUUAUUCUCAGGCAAAAGGAGCGGGGUCUUUGCUUAGCUUUUUGACGGGCUCAAUGGCACUCGCAAAGCAUGUUGUGGAGACUACUAAGUACUUCAGCAUAACUGUUAGUUUUGGGAGUGUGAAGUCCCUCAUAAGCAUGCCCUGCUUUAUGUCACAUGCAAGCAUACCAGCCGCAUUGCGCGAGGCCAGAGGUUUAACUGAAGAUCUUGUUCGUAUAUCAGUGGGGAUUGAGGAUGUGAAUGAUCUAAUUGCUGAUUUAGACAAUGCUCUUAGAACUGGGCCUCUAUAGGUGCUUUUAGAUUUCCAACCUUAAGCACUUGAUUGGGAUAAUGACCUGAAUCUGUUUCAAAUUGUUGACACACAAUGAUACAAAUAAAAUGAUUCGUGCUUAAUAUUUAUGUAGUA